AUGAAGACAUUCUUCAUCCUAGUUUUUCUUGCUCUCGUAGUGAGCACUGCCUUUGCACAGUAUGCGGAAGCUCCUAGUGGGGACGUGGAAGGUCCUAGUGCGAGUGCAGGGCAAUGGGGUGCAGAAGUUCCCACCAUGGGCAGUUCUGAUCGAUGUGAACAUGACCAAACGAAGCUAGUCUAUUGCAGGGAUUACCUAAUGGAGCGUUGCACACCAAGAUAUAUGCCGAUCACCUGGCCAUGGUCUAGGAUGAAGAGAAGUUGUGAGAAGGUUCGUAGUCAGUGCUGCCAACAGUUAGGACAAAUGGAACCGCAGUGCCGUUGCAAGGCUAUCUCGAGAACAAUUCAAGGUGAGCUCAGUGGUUUUUCUGCAUCUCAAGAAGGUCAGAAAGCUAGAGUGGUGCACAUGGCCAAGCACCUACCCUCCAAGUGUGACAUGGGCCCAAGUUCCUGCAACAUCCCCGUCACCAGUGGCUAUUACUGGUGA